CACUUGUAUUAGCUUGUUUGACUAGUCAAUCAGUUAAAGUUAGUCAAAUAAUAUAAUAUACCCCCAAUAAACUAACUACUAAACAGGGCCUAUGAAAUCGGUACAAGCACAAACCCAAACCCAAAACUUAAGAAAACACUCCAAAAAGUAAAAAAAAAAGGACAGCAGUAGAGAAGACAGAGAGACAGAAAAAUGGCGGGAGCAGCAGGAGUUCACCGGAGAAUGCCGCAACGUCCACCUCCGCCGUUUAACGCGCUUCCUCAACGUCCAUUCUACGUCGGUCGCGAAAAGACUUGCCCUUUUCUGCUUCGGGUUUUCACUAAGGUUGGGAGUCAUCAUAGCAGGGAAGACUUUGCAGGAAGAGGACAGUUGCCAAAAAAUGAAUUUCAAAUUUAUACUUGGAAGGAUGCUACUCUACAAGAGUUAACUGAUCUGGUAAAGGAAGUUACCCCAGCAGCUAGGAGGAAAGAUGCAAGAUUGUCUUUUGCCUUUGUGUUCCCGGGAAAACAAGGUCAUGUAGUGGUUAGACCUGUGGGGAAAACAUUUUCAUAUGGUAACAGGGAGAUAGAUGAUGGAAAAGCAUUGGCUCAACUUGGUUUACAGAUUGGAGACUACUUGGAUGUGGCAAUUUUUUAGACUGAUCUCCUACAGCAUAAAUUCGCUAACCUAACUAUUUGUCAGGACCAAGAUUAUCCAUGGUUGUUAUUCUACUCAAUAGAUUUGGGACGCUGAAAUUAGUCUUUUGGAAGCUUUACAGCUCCUGUGGUGAUUAACUGUCCUGUUAGAAGAAUAUUUAAGCACAUUAUCUAGCACAUAAUCUCCAAAGAUACUUGUUUUGCCCCUGUGCAUAUAUUAAAUGAAAUGGGUAUAUACUCGUUCCAGCUUUGGUUAGCUUUAUGAGGAUGGUAACAGUGUUUAACCCUGUACUGUACAUUGUGGCUCGUGUGAUUUAGUAUCAAUUUUAUGGUGCUCAUUGAGUAGCAAGUUCACAACCUUAUACUGGCCACUGAUACUUGGCUUCUUGCGGAUUGGAUCUUGAUAACUAGAUAUAUAUCUAUAGUCUGCAUGA